GGAAGGAUUGGGACUCUUUUUGCAGAGGCAAGGAUCAAUACAAAUUGUACUUCAUUCUUCUGCUCUUUGAUCUUUGAAAUCAAAUCAAACAUAUCAUGGAUCCCACAUUAUACAAAGCAGCAACACAAGGCAACAUUCACAUCUUACAGCAGCUCAUCCAAGAAGACCCAACAGUCCUAAACUCAGUAACUCCUCAAGACAACACAGCACUCCACAUCGCUGCAAGGCUCGGUCACAAACUCAUCGCUGAGAAAAUCCUAGAUCAUGGCGAAACACUGCUCAUAAUGAAAAACAUCGACGAGGACACUCCCUUGCACGUUGCAUCAAGAACCGGCAACUUGGAAAUCGCCGCAUUGCUAAUUGACUACGCUCAGAAUUGGCCUACUGACGUCGAGCAUGGGGAGCCAGGGCCUUUGAGGAUGACUAACAAGUGGAAUAACACGCCGUUGCAUGAGGCAGUGACGAAUGGUUAUGUUGAGAUUUCAAUGAAGCUGUUGAGUGCUGACCCGAGUGUUGGGCAUAUGAUGAAUAAAAAGAGAGAGACACCGUUGCAUAUUGCAGCAAGGGAGGGGCUGGAGAAGGUUGUUGAGGAGAUAUUGAAUCAUCCGUGGGCUGAAACGCAAGAGGAGGAGGAGCCGCCACUGGAAGGGACCGGAUCGCCGCUGCAUCAAGCUGUUAUUGGUGGUCAUUGUGCCAUUGUGAGGAUGCUGCUGGAAAAAAGAAGCGGCCUCAUCAAACUCAUCGACAAAUCUGGUAACAAUGCCCUUCACUAUGCAGCGAAGAAGGACAACGGCAAAAUGACAGAAAUCUUACUAGAAAAAGAGCCUUCGUUGGCUUACCUUAGAAACUUCGAUGGUCAAUCUUCACUCCACGUCGCUGCAAAACAUAAUUCAACAUCUACCAUCGGAGAGAUAUUAAGGCAGUGUCCCGAUGCAGCAGAGCAAGUAGACGAUACAGGCAAAAAUGCUCUUCAUAUUGCGGUCGUGAGUAGGACUGUCGGAGCACUGAAGUGUUUGUUGAAAAAUAUAAAUUUGGCGGAGGUUAUAAACCAGGCUGAUAACAAUGGGAAUACUCCUCUGCAUCUGGCUGCACAGAAAUCUAGGAUACAGUCGACUCUUCUGUUGUUGAAGGAUAAUAGAGUUGAUCCCUGCAUUUUGAAUAAUGAUGGGAAAACCGCACGAGGAGUCGUUGAAUCGUUAGAGGAGAUGGACAUGUAUGAGAUGUACAUUUUGGAGUCACUGAAGAAGAGCGAAGAACGCAAAUGCAAGAAACACCAUCUACUAUCAGACAUGGCCACUGCUGGAAAAUCAUUCAAGAAGAAGAUGUCCACCGCAGACGAACAUUUCAAAUCUUGUGUCGGAACCUACACAUUAGUGGCCGCCUUAAUCGCAACAGUCACUUUCGCUGCCACCUUCACAAUGCCCGGAGGCUACAGCCAAGAGCACGGAUAUGCAUUGCUAGCAAAGCAUGCGGCGUUCAAAGUCUUUGUGAUUUCCAAUACUAUUGCAAUGUGCAGCUCUCUUAUUGUUGUCUUUUGCUUCAUUUGGGCAUGGAAGGAUCCGCUGAGGUUCAAGUUCAAGCAAUUGAUUUGGGGACAUAGGCUCCUUGUGAUUGCAAGCUUGGCGAUGAUUGUUGCGUUGAUGACUGCAGUUUAUGUGGUGGUGGAUACUCAGUGUAAAUGGGUAGCAGUUGUUGUGUGUUUGAUUUGUUGCGGUGCACCUUUUGUGCUUUGGGCUAUAUUAGGUCAUGAUAUAUUGUUUAUUCCAGUCUAAUUGUUAAUAUUGGGUUCUCGAGAGUUCAAUGCGUAUUUGAUGUAGAAGAAAUUUGUGAUGUAUAAGUCGAUAUUUAUCGUGCUAUGAAAAUUAAUGAAG